GCGAGGUACGCAGUUGCAGCGGGAGAGAAACCGCUGCUUGGAGAUCCGAGCCGCAAUUCAGCCAGGCCGGAAGCCCCAGUCCCACAGCCUCCACAGACUGAACCAGCAGGCUACUGCAUAGCCUCAGAUGGAAAUACUGUAGGAUUUCACUCUAGCCACAUGGUUUAUCUCAGAUUUUGAUUUUAAAUGGGCGUCGCACUUGGUCUUGCACCUUCCCUCCCCGAAUUUUGUGAUUUUAUAAUGUAUUGUUAUGCAAGGAUUUAACAUACCAAAAAGAUGAUCGGGUGCUGCGUUUUUGGCUGGAGAAGCCUGCGAUCGACUGAAUGCAACACAUAGAUACGAAAGAAAGGAUUAUUAUAUGGGCUGUGUUUCAUUUUCCUGACCUGCCCUAUCCGGAUUUCGGAUUACUACGCAUUCUUCGGAAUGGAAGGACGGGAUUUCGCUGCUUCGGCGCAUCUCCUCUCGGAGCGGGGCGCCCUGGUGCACCGAGCCGCUUCUCGGAUCGCUCCCUCGGCCCACAACUCUUUGCAACAUGCCGGUCACUUCCCGCCGGGGAAAUACUACCCCUCACACAUACCGAUGGCUCCCCACUCAGGCAGUGGAUUGAUGGGCAAUUCCUCCACCUCCUUCAUGGGGACCUUCCUGGCCAGUAGUUUGGGCACUCCCCCUUCCCACCCGUCUCACCCCUCCCGGCCGCCCUCCUCGCCCUCUUCACCCUCCUUCCGAGGUGGACCCCACUCCAGUGCCUCUCAAAUCUGGUUUCCCCAUUCUCAUGAAGCAGGUCCAGGGUAUCCCCGAUUCUCAGGGAGUCUGGCCCAUACGUUCCUUCCAAUGAGCCACUUGGAUCACCAUGCCAACAGUGGAGUUCUCUAUGGGCAGCACCGCUUCUAUGACACUCAAAAAGAGAAUUUCUAUCUUCGGGGUCUCCCGUCCCAGCCACCACUCAUCUCUGCUAACCAUAGUCUGCCAACAAUGUCCAGGGCCAGUUCAGGACACCCUCAGGGGUCCUGCAGCAGAAACAGAGAUCCAGGUUUAGGGACAGGUAUACAAAAGACUCUUAAAGAGGCAUCUGCAGAGAGAGGAGUGAUACCUGUGAAGGACAAGGAGAGGUCCACUAGCAAACAAGAGGCUAAGGAGAGACAACAACAACAGCACCACCACAGUCACCAGCCACCACAGUCCACACACCACCACCAUUCCCACACCCAUCAACAGCACCCGCACUAUCCACAGCACCCACUACCCCUGGAGGAGGUCAAUAGCCGAGCUCUGGAGAGGCAUAAGGCAUCACUUACAAUGGAAUACAGCAAGGAGCAACCUCAGGGUAUGGCCAAGCCACUCAGUGCCUGCUUGCACAAUGGGAAGAUGCAAAAUGGAGAUGGAGGAACUGGAGCCAAGACUUCUAUGUCUAGCUGUGGAGGCGAGGGCUCAGCCCUUCGAGUUAUGGGGGGUGGGGGGAGCAGCCAGGGUAGACAAAUGGGGUCUAGUGGCAGUAGCCGCUGCACGAAAGAAGGGGUAACUGGAGAGAUGAGGAUUAGUGAACAACCUUCAGACUGCAUAGAAAAGGGUCAGAGAACAUUUCACCACUCUCUGCCCUAUUCUGUGCCCCCACCUUUACAUAUGGGUUCUGCUGCAGGAGGGGCACACCCCCAUACACAUUCUCGUUCCCAUCCCCAUACACAUCCUCACGCAGGGGGCUUCCACUGCCUUCAGCUCCAUCCAAGCCACCCACAACAUCCACAUCAUUCCCACCAUUCGCACCAUCAUCCAGACUUUUUUUGCCCACCUGCAGCCAACCCUGUCUCACAUGAGAGGGGCCCAGUUAAUAUGGGGCGGGAACCUAAAGUCACUGGGACAACAUUUGUGCCAUCUGUGGCAGAUUUAGGGGACAAAUCUAGUGGGUCAUUCCAGCUUAGUAACAUAGACUGCCAGGGUGUGGCUAGUGGAGGACUGCUUAGCAAUGCCAAAGAAAAGGCAUUGGAAAAGAAUGGUGGUGGUGGUGGGCACCAGAGUAGUUGGCACAGAAAACAGCCACAACAGCAACAGGAGCACCCAUACAGAAAGAUAGAUAAAGCUCCAGACUGGAUGCAGGCCCACCACCCACAUCUUCAACCCUCACAACUUAAUCCACUUCCCCAACAACAACAGCCUCCACAUUCCCAACAGCAACACCAGGUUGUACGAUCACGGAGUGUUGAGUGUAUCAACAGUGGUAUGGACAUAGAUGUGUUCAGACCCUCGGUGCCCCAGGGCCCCAAGGCUGGUCACUCUAUCCCUCAUUCUGUUAACACUUCUCCUUACAGAGACUGUUCCCAUACAGGACCCACACCAAAUUCCUCCCCACUUGGAAAUAAAAACAUGGGGCAACACAGUGGGACUGGAGCGAACCAUGGUCCCACAGGUAGCUGCUCUUUACAGAGAGAUGGCCAAAAGGUAGCCAGGAUUUGCCACCAACAGCAUAGCCACCCUGGCACAGAUGCUCAGUCUUCAGCUGAGUUGAAUCGAGUGAACAGUCAAGAGCUUAAAAGAAAGAUGGACAUGUCUCCUUAUGGGUACACCAACAGCAGUGGGCAGCACCACCACCACCAGCCCCCACUGCCAUCUUGGGCAAUGAGGCCUCCCCAUCACAUAUCGCAACCUGAGGAGGAGCAGAGAAAGUCCUACAUGGAGUUAGGGACUACUGGUGGGCAACACUCUGACCAGCAGCAGCAACCACAGCAGCAGCAGCAGCAGCAGCAGCAGCAACAGCAGCAGCAAGGAAUGAGCCUUCCUCCCCCACAACCCCCCUCUAUUCCUCCCCUCAGUCAGCAACAGCAGCAGCCACAACAAAAACCUGAUCCCCAGGCUCCAACUCAGGGUGAGAGCAGUGCAAUGAAAAGCUUGCUAAAGUACAGUAACCAGCAACAACCACUGCUACUUUCCCAGAAGAGCCCCUUUGGGGGUCUGGGAAGCCUCAAAUCAGGCCCAUCAGGGGGGAGUUGUGUCCUGCAGGCCGCCAAACAGACUCUACCUUCCAGGAAGGGCCCAGCAAAUGACGGUGAGCGCCUUGAAUACAGUGGGCGCAGCCGGGAUAUGGGGGAAGCGGGUCAUGGGGAAAGCGAGGUGCGGCAGCUGCCAGUGGGAAUUGCAGUGGCAGUGGCUAGACAAAGGGAGCCACUUUGUCGUUCAGCAGACAGUCAUCUCAACAGCCGGCAGGGAAGGGUUCAUCCUUCUGUGAAAGGGGUGGCCCGCUCCAUGUAUCCCACAGAUCCCACGAUUGAAGAAGAGAGGAAGAGGUUGAGUGAUGAACAAAUAGGUCUCAACUGUUUGGACAGAGAGAGAGAUGCAUAUAUCAGGGAUAACAAAGACAGGGUGGAGUUUGCAAGGAUCCACCCCUCCAACAGCUGUCAUGGAGACCUCGCCUCUCAUCUCGUAGUCCCAGGUGGGACUUCCCUACAGUCUGGCCAGUUAGGAGAUCCUGCUGCACAUUCGGCUCAUCAUCAUUGGAUGCCAAGGACUGGAAGCCCAUCCCUCUGGAUGACAGGACACUCGUAUGCAGGUAUAGGUCAUUCAACCAUACACCAGAAUCUGCCCCCAGGUUUCUCUGCAGCCAUGCCAGGCCCACUGCAGCCUGUCCUGCCUCUACCUCAGGACCCCUCUGCCCAGCUAGUGGUCCUGCCCUCUGAACCUCCCACUCACCCUGCAACCCACCACCUGGAUGUAAUGGAGCAGCAAGGACUGUGGUCCCCUGUAUACAGUGCCCGGGGCCCACCCUCCCAUAUGCAACAUCCUGCUGUGUAUUCACGGUCUCAGUUUCUACGGCAACAGGAGCUGUAUGCUCUCCAGCAGCAUCAGCAGCUUCAUCAGCAGCACCAGAGUCACCAAUCACAGCAACCACAACAACAGUCUCAAACUCAACAGCAGCAGCAGCAGCAGCAGCAGCAACAGCAGCAACAGCAGCAGCAGCAGCACCGACCUAUACACAACAUGACCAUGAACUCUCAAGUCAAUCACAAUGCACAGAUACAGAAGAGACCAGAUGAGCCCUUGGUUGAACUGGAGGAACUCAUUUUAGAAAGAAGAACAUCAAAACCUGCCAAGGCCUAUUCCUACAACCCACCACAGAGCACCAAUCCACCCCCUACAGCCUGUGCUGCUCAUUUGUCCCCUUGUUGCCAGUCCCCUUCACUGCGACAACAUCCUAAAAGCACUCCUUCGACGCCCUGCCCUGCUCCAAGCCCUAUUGCAGCAACGCCUCACUCACCUGCCAUCAGUUCCCCACCUCAAAGGCUUAAAGGGAUUGAAUCCCAGGACAAGACAGUAGAAGUACAGUCUGCACAGGAAUACCCACAGUCUCUGGAGCCUGACUUACCUCCUGGAUACACCUAUCCAGUUGUUUCCAUGGGCUACAGGAACGGACCUUCCCCUCAGGAUGUUCAGCUAGUGGAGUCAGCUGAUGUGGAAGCAGUCCAAAUGGAGUCUGCUGAUCAUGCUCCCCAGACUCUUGCCAGCCUAGGGGAGGGGUUAGUGCUGGUCAGACACUUCCCAGAGCCACUCACACUAAAGGAACUAGAGCAUAAUGAUGGGGAAAGAGUGGCUGAAAGUGUUGAAGAACAGAAAGAAGAGGUGAAGAUAGUAGCCAACUAUGUGCCUGGAGAAGAGGUGGUAGAGGACCCAAAUGAGAAAGAGGUACUAGUUUGCCCCCCUUCUAAGAGCCCAGUGUGUGAGGCUGCUUCUUGUUCAGUCCGUCUUUCAACAGUGGACUCUAACAGGCCAGAAACUGUCAUUACCUUGGAAGAGGAAGAGGAUGGUGCAGCAAUGGAUGAGAAGAGUCCGGUGACACAUGCACAAAAGGUUAACAUGCCCAGAGAUCAGGAGAGAGAGAUGCCAGUCAUCAUCGAGCUUGACCCCACUUCCCCUGCAGACCCUCAGUCACAAUUGUCCCCCUCUGAGGGAGCAAACAAUAGUGGGCAGCAGCACAAUAACAAGAUGACCCCUGAUGCCACACUGGAUUUUGUGUGCCUUUCCCCUGCCUCACAAUCUGAUCCCAGCCUAAGUGAGCAAACUGUUACGGUGCUCCACAAACCUCUUGUGCCCUGCUACUGGAGCUUGGAGCUGCUCAUUGCUGCUGCAUUCUGCACCGAUGUCCCCCCAUUUCCUCUUUUCAGCUUUUGCACCCCAACAGUUGCCCCCACACAGUACAACCAUUGCCAGGGUAUGAAGCUUCUGAGUGAGCUGGCAGACCUGGAGCAGCAACAGCAGAAGCGCAUCUGUGGGAAAAGUCAGGAGGAUGAGUGGCUCAUGUUUGAUCUCCAAAGUCUUGCUACACUGGCCACAGCCCGUGCACUGGAGCUGGGUUCCCAGGAAGGUAGCAGUAUGGAUGCAGGACAUCAUUUCCCUCCCCGCAGGAUCCUCAAUUUACGCAGAAAAUGUCGCUGGACACCUCGCAAUGAACCAGUGUGCCCCACCAAAGUAACUAUGGAAACAAUGGAUGGGCCUGAGCUUGCAAUGCGUGUAAAACUGGCUGAGAUACAACGGCGCUACAAAGAGAAACAGAAGGAACUGGCUAAACUACAGAGGAAGCAUGACCAUCAUAGGAAGGAGGAAACACCUCGCAGUCCGGCACGUCGAGGGCCAGGGCGUCCAAGGAAGCGGAAACCGCCACUCACCGCAGGUCCAGUCUCCUCUUCUGAGGGCCAAAGAAAAGUCAAGUCAAUGGGGACUGGGUUUGGCAUGCCCCCUGGAGACCAUGAAGGGGGUGAAGACAGCCAGAAAAGGAAGAAGAGGUUUUCCAGUCGAAGCUUUGAGAGACUCAGCACCACACAGCUGAAGGCCCAGGGCUGUAGAAAAAGCAGUCUUCACUGUGUUCUUAGCUCCAAGCUCACCAGUGAUGUGACUCAGCUCAAACAGAGGGCACAGGUCAAAAAGAACCUCUCAGGGAUAGGAUCCAGGGACAAGGAAGGUUCGCCUUGCAACUCAGCCCCCAAGCAUGGACACCAAAGCACAAGCAAAGCUGAGCCCAGACGAGAGUCUGGGGGACAAAGCGAUACAGCAGUCUUUCUGGAUGGUGUCUCCCAAGAGAGCUGGAUUGAAUUGCUGCACUGUGGACGUAAAAAUAGAUCCAGUAGUCUGACACAAGCUUCAACCCAGCUGAGCCUUCCCAGACGGAAGAUUCUCUGUGGCCAGAGAAAGGAAGCAAUGGAGGACGAAGAGAGCUCACCUCUAGAAAGUGACUCUUCUGACCAAGAAAACGAAGAUGAGAAACGCAAUUAUGAUACUGAUGAAGGUCAAGAUUGCUCCCUACCCCUGAGUGACAUCGCGUCUAGCUCAUCUUUGAAAGAUCCAAGUCCAUCGUCUGUUGUAAAACUGGAGGUCAACCAGAAAGCCAGGAACAAAAAACAGAGACAGGAACUUUAUGGCUCCCUGUAUUUAUCUGGAGUAGAAGGGGAAAUCAAAGUAAGAAAGAAGCCCACCUGUAGACUGGGCAUGGCCAUAACAGUCAAAAGUCGCAAAGACCACCAAGAUCAAUGGCUUGAAGGACUUAGGACAUGUAGAACCAGGACUAUGGAGCCUCGGUGGGGUGGCCUUGGGACCAGAGGAAACCGCUACAAGAGGAGCAUUGGACUAGCCACCUUCCAAACCACCAGUGAAAGACUAAAGAGGGCAACUCGCAAAAGUACCAUGCUAAGAGGAGCAAUCAAUAAGAGGAGAAGUUGCAGGUCAGUCGUGGCCCCAUCUUCACAGAGGGAGGAAGGAAGCAGGGGACGUAGGAGUAAUGAUCAGCAGCAAAAAGGACGAGCAGUAAGUCGACUACUGGAGAGCUUUGCAGCUGAUGAGGGUUUUCAAAUGGAUGGCAGCAGCUUCUCAGAAGAAGAGGAGGACAGGAAUCAUGCAUACUACAAUAAAAUUCCAGAAGUUCCUAACUGUGUCCUGACCAAAGAACUCUUAACGGAUGGACGGAAGGUGCUUGUCUCCAAGGAGGAUGAGCUUCUAUAUGCUGCCACGGUUCAAACACUGGACCUCCCAGACAUCUUUAGCAUUGUUAUUGAUGGUGAAAGAGGAAGUCGUCCAAGAAUCUAUUCACUGAAGCAACUGCUACAGGAAGCUGUCUUGAAUAUUUGUCCCGAGUCAGAGGCUAUACUCAGUGAGGGGACAAGGGUUUGUGCUUAUUGGAGUGAACGGUCACGGUGCUUAUACCCAGGUUACGUCCGCAGAGGUGUUUCCUCUGACGAGGGGAAGCAGGGAGGAGUGAUGGUGGAGUUUGAUGAUGGAGACCGAGGGAAGAUUUCUCUCCCUAACAUCCGUCUCCUGCCUCCAGGAUACCAGAUUCACUGUGGGGAGUCAUGUCCUGAUAUACUGGUACCCAGAGGGAUAACAGACAAAACAAGCUCCAAUCUUGAGCAGGCCCCCAUUAGUGACAGACAUUCUGACAGACCCAGCACUAUCCACACUGUAAACAACACCCAAAGUCUAACCAUUAUUAAAAGAAGACCAGGGAGACCAAAGGGCUCUGGGAAAAAGCAAAAGCAGUCAGAGAAUUCCAAUAAAAAUCCUUCAGCUUUCCUGGGUUGGUCUUCGUCAGCUAACACUAGGAAGAGACCAUCUGACAAUCUAUUUCACUUCAAUGGGGCACCCAAGAAGGCCUUGAGAGGCAAGGAGGAGGAUUUCUUGCCUCAUACCCAGUCAGUGGCAUCUAGCCCAACCAAAGGCUUUUUCAGCAGCAGUUCCUUUGAGGUGGACUCCUUUAGAAGCAUUGCAAAUGGCUACUCCUCUUUCUACACUCAGUCGACAGGAUCAAGUCUAGGUUUAGGCUCAAGAAGUGGACUGUAUGGUGAAAGCAACAGGCAGGAUGAAGUGGUUACGACAAGGGGCAGGACGUCUGGACAGGAGUUCCUGGUCAAGUUAGAUCAUGAAGGAGUGACCUCGCCCAAGACAAAGAACAGCAAGGCUCUGCUGCUGCGAGGUGGAUCUUGUAGUGUGAGUGCUACACCCAGAACGGAGGCAUACAGUCACCCAGUCCUCCUGGUUAAAGACAACAAAAAGGGUGAUGCCUCCAGGGUAGAACUUCUCCUGAAAGGAACCACACCCCAAAGGAAGCCCGCUCCUUCAGUGCAUCUAGGGGAAUAUAGUGACCUGGGAUUCAGCUCUCACAGAGAGUGUCACAGCUCAUACUCUGAUCUGGAUGAUGAUGAAGAGGAAGAAGAGGAAGUGAGGAGGCGGGCUGCAUUGACUGUAGCCUCAGGUGGAUUAAGGACAACUGGCCGUUUUCUUUCUCGUCUCUCUGUCUCCUCCUCCUCUUCUGGUUCUUCGAGCUCCUCCUCAUCGGGCUCACUCUCAAGUUCUAGCUUGUGUUCUUCUGACAAUGAUUCAUCCUACAGUUCAGAGGAUGAGGAUGGUUCUACACUGAUGCUACAGAGUUGUCUGUCCUCCCAACAAGGGCUCCCACAACGGGCCGAACCCUCCACUUCCUCAAGGCCUCGUCAACACUCCUUUGUGGCCAAAGCUGUUGCUGUAUCCAAUGCCAAAGUAGGACUCCCAGACCAGGCUUCCAACAACAAAUAUCUCAAGAGGAAAGGAUGCACCAGCUCCACCUCUAAACUAACUAAGGAAUUUGUCAAAAAACGUAAGAUGCUUCCAGAUGACCCUUCAUUUGUUCUAACUCCCAAAAUGUCUGCAUUCCUUGGGGGGCGACAAAUGUGGAAGUGGUCAGGAAACCCCACGCAGAGACGGGGUCUGAAGGGCAAGGCCAGGAAGCUUUUCUAUAAGGCCAUCGUGCGUGGCAGAGACACUGUGAGAGUGGGAGAUUGUGCUGUGUUCCUCUCAGCUGGACGUCCUAACCUCCCAUAUGUAGGUCAAAUUGAGAACUUCUGGGAAUCCUGGUCUUCCUCCAUGGUAGUUAAAGUCAAGUGGUUCUACCAUCCUGAAGAGACCAAGCUAGGCAAGAGGCACCGAGAUGGCAAACAUGCCCUGUACCAGUCGUGUCAUGAGGACGAGAAUGAUGUCCAGACAAUCUCUCAUAAGUGCCAGGUGGUGAGCAGGGAGGAGUAUGAGUGUCUGACCCGCAAUCAGAAGCCAAACAGUACCUCCCAGGACCUCUAUUAUCUAGCUGGGACGUAUGACCCCACCACUGGUCAGGUGGUCACUGCUGAAGGGGUUUCCAUCUUGUACUAAACCUUCAUGUGGACACUACUGAAGAACUUCUGUGGAAGAAGGAUAUAAGUUCAUGACCGCUCAGUCUUGCAGAAUGACAGAUGUUCCUUGGGUACAAGGACCCAUGAACAAAAUGUCUGCACCAAAGCAGGGCUUUCUAAGAUUACACACUGGAUUAAGCUGACUGUUAACCUAUGUUAAAUUAAAGGGAAUGUCAAUAACUGGUUGAUGCUUAAUCGUCUCAUCAGAAGGACAGAACAGAACAGAAGGUCUGGGUCUUCCUGGGCAACACAAAAUUCAGUGGCAUUUCAAUCAUCUGAUGAAUAUCUAAGAUUUCUUGUGACUGACAACAUAGCAGUUGGUUUUAUGACUCAUUCUUCCAGCUCUUAUCAUACUGUAAGUUACCAAAGAAGAGCUGAGAUUUUGUUCAAAGUAACAUUAGGCUCUAUUGCCACCGUGGACCAAUUUUUAGUGGUAGCCUUACCAGAGGGAACAGAAACAAAGGUGAGAAACUGGGCUCCCACUAGGCCUCUCCAUUCCAGGGAAGUUGAAACAUGUAAAGGACAUGAAGUUGUAAGAGUGUAAAUAUUUGGAUUUUUUCCCUAUCAAGCCAUAAUCUUCAGUACCUCUAACCUGUCCUUUUAACUUUUCAGGUUUACAUUGUACAGUUGAGUUAUUGUAUUGUUGUCUGUUGUCUAUAUGUACAUAAAAAGUAUUUUAUAAAGGAGUUUAUUGUAUAUAUGAGAUGUAUCUUUCCAUGUUUGCAAUUGAUUUAUUUUUAUAUUGGUGUAGAAUACAUUAUGUUGUGUUUUUCUUUGCUUUGGGAAGUCAAGAUUGGAGAUGUUUAUGUUGCACUGUAUAUGCCCUGCUGAGACGGACUGAGACAGAGCACAAAGAUAGGAUUUUGUCUAUAACAGGACAUGACUUGCUUUCUGAGAGAGUUGGGUCACCCUGUUUAAAAAAAGAUAUAAAGGUCAAGUGGCUUUUUGUAUUAGUAUUCUGUUACUGUUACUACUCUGUCACUACGUAUUUUUUAUUGUUUUAAAGAACAUCUUUUUAUUUAUGUACAUGUACCUCUCUGUUGGUCAUCAUCACAAGGCAGAUCCCUUUGGACUGCAAUCACGGGUCAAAAAUUAUUUAAGAUCAGUGAUAUGAGUGAACCAUUAUGACACAAUAUUUAUGUGUGUUGAGUGUCCUGGCAUCACUAUAAUCCAGUCCAUACAAAUCAAUUUAGAACAAGACUGAGUACUUUGAUUAUGUAUGUGUUAAAUCUGCAUUGCACUCAUCAGUGCUAGUUUAGCACAUUUAAAUACCAAAGUGUCUUUAAUAUCGUAAUUAUCCUUUAUAUAAGUUUUUAAGAAUCUAUUCUGAACUCAAAUAAAAAGUCACUGGUUACUUAUACAUUAAUUCUUCACUAUGAGCUUUUAUGUUGGCUUUGCAUAGUGCCAAUGGUUUCAUGCACAUACUCUAUCUGCCUUUUUUUUAGACAAUGAAGGAUGAGGUGCAGAGAAGGGGAUGUCCCAAAAUGACAAUCAGAUUCAAGAGGCAAUGGACUUAGAGUAGGUUCACUCAAUCUGAAAAUUGAUAAGUUUAUUUAAUUUGUGCCAAGUACAUGUUUCUAUUUUUGUCUUGCUUGAUAUGCAGUCUUUAGUUUGUUUUUUGUUUUUUGUUUUUUUUGCUCACAAAGUUUUAUGUGAUUCACCAACAUUUUAUUUAUUGUCAACAUUGCUGUUUGUUCGUGCCAAGAUCGCUUUAUAAAAAAUGUGACAUUCUUUUUGUUGCUGUGAUGUCACAUUUCUCAAAUAAAAAAUGGUCUUGAAGAGACCCUCUAGUGAAAAAAGAAAUAAAGCAACACUGGUUCUCAUUCACAAA